AUGCUCGGUCCCAACGGCCGCUCCCCGCAGCAAGGCCGGUGUCCGGACUGCAGCCGCCGCCCCAAGGAGAGCUCGGGGAGGGCACAGCCGGGCAGGGCCAGUCCCGGGGCCGCAGCUGGCGGGAUUGGAGGCAGCUGCCCGCAGCGCGGGCCCCCCCUCCYCGCUGCCCGCGGCCCCCCUUCCUCGGGCAGGAGCCGCUCCGGCCGCUCCCCGCUGAGCGGUCCGGGCUGCGGGGAGGGAGCAGCCCCCGCUCCCUUCUCCUCGGCCCCGGCUGCGGGCAGGACCGAGCGGUUCCUGCCGCCGCCGCCUCGGCGGUCCCGCACAGCGCGGGGAUACCGGGACCGGCCGCUCCCCGCAGCGGGGCUCUGCCGCUCCCCCCGCCGCGGGAGCUCCACGCUCGGCCGGGCCGGGGUGCGCUGUGCCGGCGGGGACAAGCGGGACCGCGGCUGCGCCCACGCUGCGGCAGCUGGCGGGGGGCGGCGGGAUCAGCUGCGGCCGGGGAUCAGCUGUACCCCGCGCCGCCCCGCCGGGCCCCCCCGCUCCCUGGGGAGCAGCCCCGACCCCCCCCCGCACCGCCCGCCCUGCCCGCCCUACCUGCCCGCCGCCCUCCCGGCCCUCCCCGGGGCGGCUGGCGGCCGCCCAGCCCGGAGCUGCCCUGCUCCCUCCUCCUCCUCCUCUCCUACUUCUCCUCCUCCCGCGGGCACAGCCCUGUCUAAUCCCACGGGUGUCAAAUCCACGCUGCGGCUUUGGCCGUGGCGGGGCCGGAGCGGAUCCGAUGGGGCCGGUGGGGAGGACGAGGGAGGAAGGCGCGGGAUGCUCCGGCGGGGGCACCCGGCCGAGCCCCCCCUCCCGCACACCGCAGCCAUGGCAACGGCGAAGGGCUGUCCCAGCCCGGCCGCAGCGCAGUGA